AUGGUGGAAAGCUCGGCACGGGAGGGUGCACCACUGGGUUCCUGCUCUCUGCUCAGCCGUGCUGUUGUGAUGGGGCUCCAGGCUGGGACAAGUUGGCUCCGUGGGGACCUUGUCCUCCUACCCACAGUGGUGGCAAUGCUUCUCCUCUGUGCAAGUGCUGGCCCAGCAGCACCCACUGCCAGCUCCCGGGGUGGGUUCCCUGCAGAUUGCAGCCAUCUCCGCAAGACCAGCCCCAGCGGGGUGUAUGUCAUCCAGCCGGCAGGAUCUCCCCCACGGGUGGUGUGGUGCGACAUGGACACCGAAGGCAAGGGCUGGACUGUCGUCCAGAGAAACUCUCAUGACACUGAGCUCACGUGGAAGCAAUCCUGGACCACCUACAAGUAUGGCUUCGGGAACGUGCAGGGUGAUCACUGGAUGGGCACUGAGUACCUGCACCUGCUGACACAGCAGGGCACCUACAAGGUCCGCUUCAUUGUACGGAAUAAAGCCAACAUCACCCAUUACGCCGAGUACGACAUCUUCAGGGUGGAGAGUGAGGCUAGCGGGUACCCGCUGAGGCUGGGCCGAUUUUCAGGUGAUGGGGAUGACUAUCUGACCAGCUAUCACCCCAAGAAGGGGGGCAUACACGACAACAUGAAGUUCAGCACAACCGACAAGGACCAGGACCAGUACAGCGGGAACUGCGCCAACAGCUACGGGGGCUGGUGGUAUGACAGGUGCCAGAACUGCUGA